GAGUUUAGUUCUUGUUGUUAAGUCUUAUUAUACCUAAACCAAGAUAAAAAAUUUAAGCAUUUUUGUUCCACUGUUUAUGUAUACGAAUAAUAGUCAAAUUACGAUUUAUUUAAUAGUAAAACGAUAUAUUGUAACUUCUUGUCGCUAACAAUACUUUUCUGUAUUUCAUCUGUGAAUUAGCGCAACAACAAAAGAAAUAUUUAUGUCACAAGAAUGAAGAAUUUAAGAUGGUGGACCUGGACUGUAAUUUACUACAAUGUCAAUAAGUCGCGCGCGGAAUUUUAGUAAAAAUGAUAUAUUGCUAAAUUAAAUUGUGUAUUACCCAAUGUUAUCUUUCAAUGUUUAGUAACAGAGCUCAACUUUUGAAACGUACUCCUGAAAAUGGGACUGAUCGCGAAACCUUCUUGUCUCUCCUAGUGGAUGAAUAUUUGAAUUCGACAUUGCAUGAUGCUAAAUGCCAGGUUCUAGCAAAUUUGGCCAAUUUUGCUUAUGAUCCCAUUAAUUACGAGUACAUCAGAAAUGUUGGUGUCCUAGACAUAUUUUUAUAUGUUGUGAAGAAUGAGAACAAUCAUCAACUUCUGCAUUUUGCUGUAGCUGGAAUCUGCAAUUCGUGCUGUGAUCCAUUGAAUGCUGACUAUAUAAUAACACAUGCUGGACUGAAGCCUCUUGUUGCAUUGCUGAAAUUGGAGAACAUUAACAUUUUAGCAGACACAAUCACAUCUUUGUUAUAUCUCAAUAACAAUCAAAUUAGAACAGAGUUAAGCACUGCUGAAGUUGUCCAACGCAUUUCUGAUAUACAAAAGUCAAAUGAUAAAAGACUAGUUAACCUGGCUACCAUAUUUUUGCAAGAUGUCUGCUGUACAAGUGACCAGGAGCAGUUAUAAAUAAAAGUAAAUCUUAAAAAUGAACAAAAUGCUGUCCAACAGGUUCCCUUAUAUUGUUGUAAACAAUAAAAACUAUCAGAAGAUAUGUAAGAUUCAUACAACAACAUUCAGUAACACAGCUUUUAAGGCAGGAGAUAAAAUCCGCAUACAAAAAACAUUGACUCAGAAAGAUUUGGAUGCAUUCUCAAACCUGACGAGCGACCAUAAUUAUUUGCAUCAAAACAAUGGUAACAAAAGGCCAAUAGUGCAUGGGGCACUACUGAAUGGGUUGGUGGCAGGACUGAUUGGCACUCACUUGCCAGGUCCAGGCACAGUGCUGGUUUCACAAACUAUGAA